UGACUGCUACAGUUACGUCAAAUCAACCUAACCUACUUAAAAUUAAUCAAAUUAUCAAAUUAAAUUGGAUCUCGAAUUUUUAAUUUUUACUGAAUAUUUCAUUAGAAUUACGUGUUCGACUAAAUGACAACAAGGAUGAGGAAGCUAGCUGUUGGAGUGAGUGCGGUAACCGGCUUAAUCAGUAGUUAUGUUUACAUGAAAUACAACAAUAAUGAAAAAAUUGCCUAUGCCUCUUGGACAACUAAUUAUGAACCGCAUCCAACGGCUAAAUGGGAUUACAACUGGGACCACAUGGAGCCAAAAUCAAUGGUUAACCCCAAAAAAUUAAAAGGUGCCUCGGGGGACAAUGAAUUCAAUGAAACUUUAGAAAGGCAGACUUCGAAAGCCUUGAGACAUAUAGUACUAAUUAGGCAUGGGCAGUACAACACAUUAGGUCUCACAGAUAAUGAGAGAGUUCUUACUGAAACCGGUCGUAAGCAGGCGGAACUCACUGGUAUCAGACUGAAAGAACUAGGUAUUCCAUUUACUGAAAUGGUCAAAUCUACUAUGUCUAGAGCCCAAGAAACUGGUACCUUGAUUUCUAAAAGUUUACCAAAUAUACCAGUAACAAACUGUGAUUUUAUUAGAGAAGGAGUUCCUAUUCCUCCUGAACCAGCCAUUGGUAAUUGGAGAAGUGAAAUGAAGCAGUUUUAUCAGGACGGAGCCAGAAUAGAGGCUGCAUUCCGAAAGUAUUUCCAUCGUGCCGAUCCAUCGCAAGAAAAAGAUUCCUACACGCUCCUCGUAUGCCAUGCUAAUGUUAUAAGAUACUUUGUUUGCCGGGCGUUACAGUUUCCUGCAGAAGCUUGGUUGAGGAUCUCCUUGAACCACGGUAGCAUAACCUGGAUUACCAUCACUCCAUCUGGACGGGUUUAUUUGAAAGUAUUAGGAGAAUCCGGACAUUUUCCACCGAGUCUAGUUACAUCAUAUCCUUAAGAACUACCUCAGGAAGUAUUUUAUCAUAAUUGUUUAUACUCGUAUUGUUUGAUUUUAAAAUAUUCGAAUUAUCUUGUACGAUUUAAGGGUGGAGGAAAAAAUAUCGUUUUGAAUUUU